GAGGCCAGUGAGACAGUGAGACCCAGCGCACAAAGUGCAAAAAUCACAUCCAAAGCUUGCAGUUUGUCUGCCGGCCAUGGAGUCCCAGGAAGCCUACCAUUCGUCAGCCGGAUUUGCAAGUGUCUUGUGUGAGGCAGAGGAUGACUCUGAAUCGGAAGAGAUCGAAGAGGGACGACACGAGGACUCAAGGACACAAUCGCGCUAUCAAUCUGACUGGUCAGAACGUGUGCCACGCUACCUCAAGCAGUCCGAUUCGCAGACAGCAGCAGCCCUCCUUCUUCUGCGUCAGCGGCAGAUAGCUCUGGGGGACAUGAUCAGUGGCGCUUGUCUAAAAUGCUUCACCGCAGACAUUGACAUUGAGGAUGAAACUGCAUCUGAAGAUGAGGAUCUGGCUGAUUUGCUUGGGAAGCGCAAACUUACACUGCACGAUUUUUCUGCCCGGCAGCAUUUGCUCAGACCAUUGAGGACUGACAGCGAGAAGACUUUUCAAGCGAGAAUCUCAAGGCGUUUUCCAUUGACGCGACUUUUCCGAGAGGCCACAUCCAAAACGCUGCUUGCUGAUGUUUUGGCAGGAGCCACAGUGUCAGUAAUGGGUGUGCCAGAGAGUCUUUCGUAUGCCCAAAUCGCUGGCCUACCCUUCGAAUAUGGAUUGUAUGCCUUGAUUGUGCCCCAACUGGUGUAUUCAUUCAUUGGCCAGUCCAGACAGCUGAUGGUGGGUCCAGUUGCCAUGCUCUCACUGCUGCUCCGGGCUGGUCUUGAGGGUGGUGUAGAUGAGUACCAAUGUCCCAUGUGGCACAAUCAGACCCACAGCGAGCUGGAACGGCAAAGAGAGGUCUGCCAAGAGAAGUAUAUAGAUUUGGCCAUAUUGCAAACUUUGCUGUCUGGGUGCGUUCUCACGCUGUGUUGCGUGUUGCAAUUGGGCUUCCUCUUGAAAUUCCUGGGUCAUCCAGUGAUCAGUGGUUUCUCCAGUGGGUCUGCGAUUGUAAUCAUGAUGCACCAGUUGAAAAACUUCCUUGGGGUGAAGGUGGCAGAUUCGGAAUUUCCCAUCCUAAAGCUUGUGUUUUUUGCCAAGCGUGCUUCAGAAGGCCAGCCCAUCACACUGGGGUUUGGCUUGCUUUUCACAUUUGGUUUGGUUGGCCUGCGGAAGGUGGGCAUGAAAUGCGGCUGGAAGGUGCUGGGCUCUCUUGGGCCACUACUGAGCUGUGUUUGUGGUGUCCUUUUGAUUUACUUGUGCAAGCCCCUGCAGCAUAUCGAAGGAUUGGAGUAUAUGAAAGAGAUUCCUGGCGGGUCUUUGCCUUGCGCUUGGACAAUCUUCUCGAGAUGGACCUGGUGGGAUGUGAGAAGGAGUCUACCACUCUCUGUUUCCCUGGGUCUCAUAGGCUUUCUCGAAGCUUUUGCAACAGCUAAGAGCCUGGCGAAACGGCAUGGCUACGAAGUUGAAUCUGGACAAGAGCUGCUGGCUCUGGGCAUGUCGAAUAUUGCCGGCUCCAUCUUCACGUCAUAUCCGGCCUCUGGAAGCUUCUCUCGCAGUGCCGUAUGCAGUGCUAGUGGGGGUGUGACUCAGCUUUCUGGUAUCGUAUCAGUUCUGCUAUCGCUUUUGGCCCUGUUGUACCUCACUCCGCUUUUCUACUACCUCCCCAAGUUUGUGCUGGCUGCGAUCGUUGUGAGCUCCGUGUCAAAACUUGUGGCCUAUGACGUAGCCAUCAACCUGUUCAAAAUUAAAAAGAGUGACUUUGUGAUGUGGAUGGUUGACUGCUUGGAAGUAAACACAGUGACAGACACAGUAUGGAAAUGGAUCAUAGACUUUCUAUUACUUGCAAGACCUUCCUUGACUUUUCAUAUUUUGACUCAGACAGCCUUUGUUGGCACUCUUUGCCUUGGACCACUGCUGGGCAUCGGCUUGGCGGUGAUGCUCUCCUUGGCUGUGGUCAUCUAUGAGUCCGUACAUCCUCAAAUUCAGGUUCUUUGGCGCAUUGAGGGUACUUGUGGCUAUCGCCCUGUUCAACAGCAGGAUGCUGAUGGCACAUUUAUUGAUGGAAUUUUUAUCGUCCGUAUUGGUGCUUCUCUAUAUUUUGCCAAUGUUGCAUACGUUGAAGAAACCCUACGAACUUUGAUUGCCGACAUGAAUGACAUAAGUAGAAUUCACUACCUUGUACUCGACUUCACGCCGGUUACAACAGCGGACUACUCGGCCAUCGAGGCGCUGAGUGAUGUGCUCCAAAACUUCCGGGAAAAAGGUGUUCAAGUGGCAUUUGCUUGCAUCAGCAUGCGCUUGGAGGGAGCCUUUGAACGCUUCGGCCUGCUGGACUCUCUUGGAGAGGAGUGGCGCUUCCACACUGUCCACGAGGCAGUCCUGCACUGCACCAGCCACUUUGGCGGUGGAAGCAGGCCGUCCCUUGAGCAGGAGAUGGAUAUUGCCUUGAGUGAGUUAAAGCGCGCUGAAGCUCGUGUGAAUGAACUGCGUCAGUUGUGGGCCGGAUCAGCUGCUCCCAAUGUUGGGAAGAGAUAGAGUCAUACAGACGUCUUCUACGUCUGUCACAGAGGAGAAAUUGUACAGACGUAGGAUGUAGAGGUUUCAGGUUUUAGAGUCUGUACCCACUUGGCUGGAAUCAGGCCACCUUUUUGGCAUGCCUUGCAUGCAUAUUUUCAGAAAUAUCGAUUGCGAUAGUUGGAACAGUGGAGUCAGCCGUCUUUGAGCUUACCAAAUGUAUACACGCAUUGCUCUUCUUGAUUGUUCUUCAAUGAUACUUGUCACCUGCAAUCAAGCUGUAAAGCAGCUCACGCUUUCUG